CUUCCGGUACGGCAACUGGGUUGUCCAAAAGUUAAACCAGCCUGACAUGAAAACGGAGAGAAACACACGUUAGCGUUGGGUUUUUUCCAAUCUACUCAGAAUAACAACAUUUCAAGACUUAGCCGAUGUCUUGGCGUAACGUAGCCGCAUAGAGGAGCCGCAGACAGGCAGUGUUUUGGUAACAUAAUGGGUGGAAAGAAGAAGAAAUCAGCGGCGCAGGGCUCGGCUCCGGUGGCCCCGGCGGCAGCAGCAGCAGCGGGCAGGACUGGUACAGCUGUAGCGGGGAACGGCGUGGCAGAGGAGUCGAAGAAACAGACAGCAAGCAACAAGCCGGUUAAACCAGCCAAAGAGAACAAGUCAAAAGCUCCAAAGACCUACAGUCUUGCCAACACUGCCCAGGUUGACACAGGUGGAGUUGCUGACAAGUCGAUUCUUAAAGUUGCUAUCCAAGCUGACCUGGAGAAGAAGAUCAUCAAGCUGAUCAAUGACUUCAGAGAGGAGAACGGCGACAAAGGGCCCAUAUCAGGCAGGCUUACCAACAAGAAGUUGCUGGAUCUGUACACAGCUCUGCAGAAGUUCAACUUCAAGAGAGAACACAUUGAGGAGGCGAUGAAGAGUAGUGUGCUGUACGGAGGGGAUCUCCACUCUGCUCUCGACUGGCUCUGCCUCAACCUUAAAGAUGAUGAGCUGCCCGAAGGUUUUGCCCAGCAGAUGCAGGAGGAGAAUCAGAAGAGCAGGCCCAAGUUCCAGCCUCCUGCUCAGCAGAAACCUGCAGUACCCAGCCCUAAAGCACCCAACAACACCCGAAAAGAGACCACCAAGGCAACAGAGAAGGAUGAGGCUGCAACCAUGAAGGACUGGAUCUUAAGGUAUGCCGAGCAGAGCAGUGAUGAGGAGGAGGAGGAGGAGGAAGAGGAAGGAGGGAAGAAGAUACACAAUCCUGAACUGGACGAAAAGUUUGAUCCAAAUGACAGAUAUUUGAUCCUCACUGCUCAACUGUAUGACGCAAAAGAAAUGGCAGCUGCAGCCAAGACAAAAGGAGACAAGGCGGGCCAGAGGAUGGCGCAGGACAGGAUACGCAUCAUACAGCAAGAAAUGAAGCAGCUGGAGUCCCACCCCGUGUUCAAUCCAGCUAUAAAAGUGGUAGAUGCGCCUCAAAAGGAAAAGAAGAUAGUUCCUGUCAGGGAGGACAAAGAGGAUCUCGGCUUUAAAUUAUUUGAACAAGCUGAAAAGCCCCCUCCUGCAGAGAAAGUUCCAGUUGUGAAAAAGAACGAGCCAAAGGACAUUCGCGAUUUUGACUACACGGCUCGCAGCUGGACAGGAAAGUCUCCCAAACAGUUCCUCAUCGACUGGGUCCGAAAGAACCUGCCCAAGAGUCCACCACCGUCUUUUCAAAAGGUUGCUGCUGGUAGAUACUGGAGAUCCAAGGUGCGUGUUCAAAGGACAGACGAUGUUCUUGAAGUUUGUCCAACGAUCCUGACUGAGGACAGCAUGCAGGCUCAACAUCUGGCAGCCACUCUGGCACUCUACAACCUGGUUAAAGGACAGUCCGUGCACCAGCUCCUUCCUCCAACCUACAGAGAUGUGUGGCUGGAGUGGAGAGACAGCGAGCAGCAGCAGCAGGAAGAGAGCCGCACUGCUGCCAACAAACCUCGAGACCAGUUCAUCUCACGGCUUCUGACCAGACUCAAACAGCAGCAGAACCAGAACAAAGGGGAGGAGUCUGGAUCCCAGGGCAAGCUGGGGCAGGGCAGUGAUGGGGAUGAAGAGCCUGAGGAGUCCUGGGAGAACCUGGCUGGUCUUGAUAUCGGGGACAGAGGAGAAGAACUGGAGGACAAGAGUGAGAAAAGAGGGAGGAGGGAUGGAGCACUUGAGGCAUCCAGAGAGCUCCUAAUGAAGCUGAAGAAGUCCUCACUGGCCCAAAAACUGAAGGCAGAGCGAGAGCAGCUUCCUGUCUUCCAACACCGACACCAUGUCCUGGAGGCUCUGCAGCGCCAUCCUGUGGUAGUGGUGGCUGGUGAGACAGGCAGUGGAAAGAGUACUCAAAUUCCUCAGUUCCUCUUGGAGGAGCUAUUAACAGGAGGCAAAGAGGCGAAGCCCUGCAACAUCGUGGUGACUCAGCCACGCAGGAUCUCUGCCAUGAGCCUGGCCUGCAGGGUCAGCCAGGAGCUGGGCUGCGAGGAUGGACCAGGAUCAAAGUCGUCGCUGUGUGGAUACCAGAUCCGGAUGGAGAAUCAGUCUGGGGAGUGGACCCGCCUGCUGUACUGCACCACUGGAGUUCUGCUCAGGAAACUACAACAUGACAAACACCUCAGCUCCCUGACGCACAUCAUCGUAGACGAGGUCCAUGAGCGUAGUGUCCAGUCAGACUUCCUAUUAACCAUCCUGAAAGAUGUCGUUAUGAGGAGAUCAGACCUGCAGCUGAUCCUCAUGAGUGCCACGGUGGACUGUGACAAGUUCUCCAACUACUUCAACCGCUGCCCAGUGAUCAGCAUCCCUGGCAGGACUUUCCCAGUGGAGGUGUACCACUUAGAAGACAUAGUGGAGCAGACGGGGUACGUCCUGGAAAAGGACUCGGAGUACAGCCAAAAAAUUCUCGAAGAAGAAGAGGAAGUUAGCAUCUCUGUCACACAGAAAGGUGGCAAGACAUUACAGCACCAGGAGGUGAUAGUGAGAGACUCCUCCGGCUGGGACCUGGGUCCAGAUCUUGACCAUUUCAGCAGCAGGACUCGACAGGUUCUGCAGUACAUGAACCCUAACAAGAUCAACAUGGACUUAAUGGUUGACCUCAUCGACUACCUAGACAAAUCUCCACAGUUUGCAGAGUUGAACGGAGCCGUUCUCGUGUUCCUGCCCGGCUUGGCUCACAUCCAGCAGCUCUACGACCUGCUCUCCUCGGACAAGAGGUUCAGGGACAAAAACAGAUACAGGAUUGUUGCUCUCCACUCGACUCUCUCAUCAAAGGACCAGGCUUCUGCCUUCACAGUGCCACCUGCUGGAGUCAGAAAGCUCGUCUUGUCAACUAAUAUUGCUGAGACCGGUGUGACUAUUCCCGACGUUGUGUUUGUCAUCGACACUGGAAAAACUAAGGAAAAUAAGUACCAUGAGAGCAGCCAGAUGAGUUCUCUGGUGGAAACUUUUGUUUCCAAAGCCAGCGCCCUCCAGAGGCAGGGCAGAGCAGGACGUGUCCGAAGCGGCUUCUGCUUCAGGCUGUACCCAAAAUUCAGGUUUGACGGCUUCAUGGAUUACUCCAUUCCAGAGAUACUACGGGUCCCACUGGAGGAGCUCUGCCUUCAUAUUAUGAAAUGUCAGUACGGCUCCCCGGAGGACUUUCUGAGCCGAGCCCUGGAUGCACCUCAGCCUCAGUCGGUCAGUAAUGCCGUCAGCCUGCUGAGGAAGAUCGGUGCAUGUCACCCCGACAGUCAUCUCCUCACCCCUCUGGGACACCACCUGGCGAGUCUUCCAGUCAAUGUGAAGAUUGGCAAGAUGCUCAUCUAUGGAGCCAUCCUCGGCUGCCUGGAGCCCAUAGCAACCAUCGCAGCAGCCAUCUCAGAGAAGUCUCCCUUCUCCACACCAAUGAACAGGAAGGAUGAAGCCAACCUGGCCAAAGCUGCCCUGGCAUUGGCCAACUCGGAUCACCUGACCAUAUACAAUGCAUAUCUGGGGUGGAAGAACUCACAGAGUGACGGACAGAGAGCAGAAAUGGCCUACUGUAGAAAACACUUCCUCAAUCGCACAGCUCUCAUUACAAUAGAGGGUGUGAAGCAUGAGCUGAUGAAGAUGAUGGAGCAGGUGGGUUUCUGGUCAUCUCGCUCUUCCUCCAAGCAGCAGAUAACGGCGCUGUCCAAGCAGCAGAUCUCUUUCGUGAACGCAGUGCUGACUGCGGGGCUCUACGACAGCGUGGCCCGGGUCUUGUGCACCCCCUCUGUGGAUGUGCUCGAGCGAGUGGCCUGCACAGUGGAGACGCCCCAGGGCAAGGCUCAGGUCCACCCCUCAUCUGUUAACCGAAACCUGCAGACUCACGGCUGGCUGCUGUACCAGGAGAAGGUGAAGUACACAAAGAUCUACCUGCGAGACACCACUCUGAUACCUCCUUUCCCCUUGCUGCUGUUUGGAGGUGAUAUUGAUAUACAGCACAGAGAGAGGCUCAUCACAUUAGACGGAUGGAUCCACUUCCAGGCUCCUGUACGGAUUGGUGUGAUCUUCAAACACCUGAGGAAGCUGAUGGACUCUCUGCUUGAAAAGAAGCUGGCAAACCCAAGGAUGAAUCUUGAAGGUGAGAGGACCAUCCAGUUGAUUCUGGAUCUGAUCAAAUCAGAGUGAUAUCGGACCGCCAAAGGAUCUGAUUGCCCCUGAAGAACCUGCAUACUUUCUCCUACACUAUAGACAGACCUCUGUGUCCAGUGGACCUGGGGACAAAGUGCUUCCUAUACGUUCUUGUAUUUGCCUACAGACAGGUGUGGGCUUCCUUAUGAUGAACUGAUGAUCACCCGGAACUCUAACUCACAUUGAGGAGGACUGUAUCAUAUGAAAUGCAAAAAUACAUGCUGGCAUCUGAGAGGAGGAAAUAGAAAAUUAUGUUGCCAAAUGUGGUGGAAAUAAAGCUGUACACAUUUUUAUUUGAAGCUUUUGCGUCAUGGUUGAACUCAAAACAGUAAUGCCUUAAAUACUUUAUGAGUAAUAAAUAGAAGGUGUGAAUGUAGGCUGCAAAACUAAGUUGAAGAUGCAACUGUUGAAAGAGAAACUUUCAUACUUCAAAUGCUGAGAACAAUAGUAACUUCAUUUAUACUAAACCAACACCAGGUCAGUUGCACAGCGAGAUGCCAUUUACUCCCUCUCUACCCCUGCAGUUUCAAACUGAAGUCACAGUUUGUGCUGACAUAAAUACAGCAAAAUCAAAGUGCAAAAAAUUCCAACAAUCCUCAAGUAUUCAGAAAACAUUGUAUGUCAUCUUCACACAAAUUACUUGAAUGUCAACGUAGGGCAUACACCUGAAUCUAACUUAACUCUUUUACAAUAGAAAAUAAGCCUGUUGAUCAGCACAUGAACUUAGCAAGACUCUCAAAGUCUUAGAAUGAAGGUUGUGUCAAAGAACAGGACUUUCAUGGCAAGGCAUAAGAAGAAUCCAUAUUUUGUACGCUGGA